UUAUUCAGCUUCGAACUCGUUUAUGGUGUGGAAGAGGGGAAGUAACUCUGAUUUGACAUGCGCAAUAAAACUGAAUAAGUAUGGCUGCCGAAACAGGAUGAUUCUGUACAAAGUAAACUGUUGACGGUGUUUUGGGUUAAAGUCAUGGCCUCUGAAUAUACUCCAGAAGUUAUAAAAACUUUGAAACAUAAAGUAUUCACUUCUGCACGCGAUGGAAUGGCUAUUAGCAUCUUUGCCAUGCUGUGGAACGUUGAAAGGGAAAUAGUAAGAGAGGUUUUAGAGCACCACUCCGAGGAAGAUGGACAGAAAACAACACCGCUUAUUAUUGCCGCAAGAAAUGGUGAAGAAAAGGUAGUAGCUGUGUUGUUGACUAACUUUUUGGUAGAUAUAGAACAAACAGGUGUUGUGAAAUUUGACGGUUUUGUAAUUGAAGGAGCCACGUCUUUGUGGUGCGCUGCUGGAGCCGGUCAUUUCGGUGUGGUCAAAUUGUUAAUUGACCAUGGAGCGGAUGUAAACCACCCAACGCUUACAAACUCUACACCACUCAGAGCCGCAUGUUUCGAUGGCAGACUCGACAUUGUGAAAUAUCUAAUAGAACACAAUGCAGACCCCAAGAUAUCCAACAAGUACAACAAUACAUGUUUGAUGAUAUCCAGCUACAAAGGACACAAGGAGGUAGUACGGUACCUACUGGAGAACGGGGCAAAUCCAGAUUGUAGUGCUCAUUGUGGAGCAACAGCUUUGCAUUUCUCAUCAGAAUGUGGCCACUUAGAAAUCGUACACGAAUUAGUAAAGUUUGGUGCAUCAAGAUUAAAGAAUGAUCACAACAUGACGCCACUUACAGUUGCAGCUGAAUGUGGAAAGUCUGAGGUCGUGGAGUAUUUAAUUUCACUGCCUGAAUGCAAACGUGAAGAAAAGAUUGAUGCGCUAGAACUUUUAGGAGCUUCUUACGCAAAUGACAAAGAAAACUAUGAUAUCAACAAGGCAUUUCUAUACCUUCGAGAAGCCAUGCAUGUUCGGUAUAGUGACCCACAAAGUAUUAUUGAAAAGCCGCAUUGUGACCCAGUGCCAGCAUACGAUAAUCGUGUUGAGUGUAAAACUCUUGUUGAACUAGAUGCAAUUCGACAGGAUUUCAGGGCACUUCAUAUGGAAUCUCUUGCAAUUAGAGAAAGAAUUCUGGGUGAAGACAAUCCAGAAGUACCUCAUCCUGUUAUUUUUCGUGGAGCUGUGUUUGCGGACAGUGCCAGAUUUGACAAAUGCAUUGCCUUAUGGCUCUACUUGAAUACACUAGGAUUAUGGCUGCCGAAACAGGAUGAUUCUGUACAAAGUAAACUGUUGACGGUGUUUUGGGUUAAAGUCAUGGCCUCUGAAUAUACUCCAGAAGUUAUAAAAACUUUGAAACAUAAAGUAUUCACUUCUGCACGCGAUGGAAUGGCCAUUAGCAUCUUUGCCAUGCUGUGGAACGUUGAAAGGGAAAUAGUAAGAGAGGUUUUAGAGCACCACUCGGAGGAAGAUGGACAGAAAACAACACCGCUUAUUAUUGCCGCAAGAAAUGGUGAAGAAAAGGUAGUAGCUGUGUUGUUGACUAACUUUUUGGUAGAUAUAGAACAAACAGGUGUUGUGAAAUUUGACGGUUUUGUAAUUGAAGGAGCCACGUCUUUGUGGUGCGCUGCUGGGGCCGGUCAUUUCGGUGUGGUCAAAUUGUUAAUUGACCAUGGAGCGGAUGUAAACCACCCAACGCUUACAAACUCUACACCACUCAGAGCCGCAUGUUUCGAUGGCAGACUCGACAUUGUGAAAUAUCUAAUAGAACACAAUGCAGACCCCAAGAUAUCCAACAAGUACAACAAUACAUGUUUGAUGAUAUCCAGCUACAAAGGACACAAGGAGGUAGUACGGUACCUACUGGAGAACGGGGCAAAUCCAGAUUGUAGUGCUCAUUGUGGAGCAACAGCUUUGCAUUUCUCAUCAGAAUGUGGCCACUUAGAAAUCGUACACGAAUUAGUACAGUUUGGUGCAUCAGGAUUAAAGAAUGAUCACAACAUGACGCCACUUACAGUUGCAGCUGAAUGUGGAAAGUCUGAGGUCGUGGAGUAUUUAAUUUCACUGCCUGAAUGCAAACGUGAAGAAAAGAUUGAUGCGCUAGAACUUUUAGGAGCUUCUUACGCAAAUGACAAAGAAAACUAUGAUAUCAACAAGGCAUUUCUAUACCUUCGAGAAGCCAUGCAUGUUCGGUAUAGUGACCCACAAAGUAUUAUUGAAAAGCCGCAUUGUGACCCAGUGCCAGCAUACGAUAAUCGUGUUGAGUGUAAAACUCUUGUUGAACUAGAUGCAAUUCGACAGGAUUUCAGGGCACUUCAUAUGGAAUCUCUUGCAAUUAGAGAAAGAAUUCUGGGUGAAGACAAUCCAGAAGUACCUCAUCCUGUUAUUUUUCGUGGAGCUGUGUUUGCGGACAGUGCCAGAUUUGACAAAUGCAUUGCCUUAUGGCUCUACUUGAAUACACUAGGAUUAUGGCUGCCGAAACAGGAUGAUUCUGUACAAAGUAAACUGUUGACGGUGUUUUGGGUUAAAGUCAUGGCCUCUGAAUAUACUCCAGAAGUUAUAAAAACUUUGAAACAUAAAGUAUUCACUUCUGCACGCGAUGGAAUGGCCAUUAGCAUCUUUGCCAUGCUGUGGAACGUUGAAAGGGAAAUAGUAAGAGAGGUUUUAGAGCACCACUCGGAGGAAGAUGGACAGAAAACAACACCGCUUAUUAUUGCCGCAAGAAAUGGUGAAGAAAAGGUAGUAGCUGUGUUGUUGACUAACUUUUUGGUAGAUAUAGAACAAACAGGUGUUGUGAAAUUUGACGGUUUUGUAAUUGAAGGAGCCACGUCUUUGUGGUGCGCUGCUGGGGCCGGUCAUUUCGGUGUGGUCAAAUUGUUAAUUGACCAUGGAGCGGAUGUAAACCACCCAACGCUUACAAACUCUACACCACUCAGAGCCGCAUGUUUCGAUGGCAGACUCGACAUUGUGAAAUAUCUAAUAGAACACAAUGCAGACCCCAAGAUAUCCAACAAGUACAACAAUACAUGUUUGAUGAUAUCCAGCUACAAAGGACACAAGGAGGUAGUACGGUACCUACUGGAGAACGGGGCAAAUCCAGAUUGUAGUGCUCAUUGUGGAGCAACAGCUUUGCAUUUCUCAUCAGAAUGUGGCCACUUAGAAAUCGUACACGAAUUAGUAAAGUUUGGUGCAUCAAGAUUAAAGAAUGAUCACAACAUGACGCCACUUACAGUUGCAGCUGAAUGUGGAAAGUCUGAGGUCGUGGAGUAUUUAAUUUCACUGCCUGAAUGCAAACGUGAAGAAAAGAUUGAUGCGCUAGAACUUUUAGGAGCUUCUUACGCAAAUGACAAAGAAAACUAUGAUAUCAACAAGGCAUUUCUAUACCUUCGAGAAGCCAUGCAUGUUCGCUAUAGUGACCCACAAAGUAUUAUUGAAAAGCCGCAUUGUGACCCAGUGCCAGCAUACGAUAAUCGUGUUGAGUGUAAAACUCUUGUUGAACUAGAUGCAAUUCGACAGGAUUUCAGGGCACUUCAUAUGGAAUCUCUUGCAAUUAGAGAAAGAAUUCUGGGUGAAGACAAUCCAGAAGUACCUCAUCCUGUUAUUUUUCGUGGAGCUGUGUUUGCGGACAGUGCCAGAUUUGACAGAUGCAUUGCCUUAUGGCUACAUGCUAUGAGGCUUCGUCAGCGCAACAACAGAACAAUAUCAAAAGAUCUUCUCAGAUUUGCCCAGGUUUUCUCACAAAUGGUUCACAUAGGGGUGGAUCUUGAUUUCAAAAAUGUGGAAGAAGUCUUCCAUCAUGCUGUGAUAGAACUGCAACGUGACACUGACAGAAUUGCCAAAGGAGACGAAGACAAGGAUGCUCUUGUGGAGAUUUACCAAAGCAAUAUACACACAUGUCUCUAUUUACUUGUGAUAGCACAGAAAGUGCCGAAGUCAAAGGACAACGAUGAAUUACAUAAAAUGGUGUAUAAAUUCCUUAAAAAUAAACCAGUCUUGAAAAAUAACUACAGUCCUUUACACAUGGCUGUGGAUAGUGCAACACUAGUGGACGAUUUCCAUGUAAAUGAUGUGGUGAAUUUCCCAAAUAUCAAUCUUACAAAGUUGCUCAUUGAGUGUGGGGCUGAUCUGAAUGCCCUGGACUGUCAUAGAAACAGCCCUUUGCACAUAAUUGUCAAAUAUUCAAAUCCAAUUAGUGAUUUUGAUACCCUUCACCAUAUUCUUAUGGCUUUGAUAAAAAACGGUGCUCACCUCGAUAUUUGCAAUAGUGAACGGAAAACGCCUAUCGAAAUUGCAACAUCAGGUGUAGCAGUUGUCAUUCUAAGGACAAACAGCAAGCUGUCUCUUAAGUGUAUUGCCGCCAAGUCUAUACAGCUACAAGAUAUAAAGUAUCAAGGAGUUGUUCCCCUUGUACUCGAGGAGUUCAUCAAACUUCAUUGAUCAUUAUAUGUAUAGUUGGUCAUCAGUUAUAUAAAUUUGUAAAUAUUAUCAAUAUUUAUAUAAAAGUAUCAUUUAAUGGUACUUGUUGUUCAGUUUUGUUUCCAACACAGUGAACAUGCUUUUUGGGUUUGUUUUUUAGUAUUUUGUAGUGAUCAUGUUUGACGUUGAAAGUGUUUGCUGUAUAUUUUGAUAUAGUUUGAUAAUUUGACAUGUUUGACAUUGGGGCAUCAUCUGUUGUGAGUCGUCUGUUGUGCGUUAUGAACAAUUUAUACUUUCGAUUUGUCUAUUACCAAGAGGCCUAGGGUCAUGAUAUUGGACCAGUAGCAUGCUGGGAUAGGCUACCAAAGUUGCUCAAUUGAAUGACCUUGACCUAUCUUCAAGGUCACACUGGUUAAAUGUGUUAUAUUCUUAAUACCAAUAUUUAAUACACUUGUUGGUUCUUUGUAUCAAUAUCAAUAACUUCAAAACAGACAUAUUUCUUUUCCCAUCAUGUCAAGCAAUUAGUUCAAAUGUGUAAACAAGAAGCAUGGUCUGGUGUUAAAUGAAAUUGUAGACACCGGAAAACUGUGUAAAUAUAGCUAUAAAACUGAGAAAUUUGGUAUUUUUCGAAUGGGGAAGCCAUAGCUAAAAAGUACUUUAAUUUAAAAAAAGGGAAAUGUAAAAGGUUUUCUUAAAUCAAGAUUUAUCAUUGUUAAUUGUUUAACAAGAAUGUUAUGUUGAUAUAUACGUAUUUCACGAAUAAUCAAAACCAGAAGCUUGAUUAUAUUCUAAUAUUAUAAUUAGUAAAAAUUUUUAUUUUUUUUUGCCCAUUGUUUAUUUCCGUAUUUGAGGUUUUUGUCCAGAGAUCAUUAACAUUUUUCAACCAAUUUCUUUGAAAGUUGGUAGGAUUUAUAACCAUGAUAUAAAGCUGUUUCCCCAGAGAGGCAUUUUGAUUUGACUACUUUUACAAAAAGGUCUUCGCCCUUUGUUUAUUUUGGGAUAUGAUUUUUAUUCCGAGAUUCUACAUUUUUGAAUUGAUUUCUUUUAAAGUUGACAGGCUUUAUAAAUUAUAGGGAUAUUAAGACAAACUCCUGAUUACUGGUAUUCUUCAAACUGUUGGUAAAUUAAUUUUUGUAGUGAAAGGUGAGGGUAAAACUCCCCAUCUAACCACUCUCAUAAGGUGAUGCAGAUAACACUAUUAGCCAUUCGGUGGGUGUAUAUUGUUAUCUCCCUUGAUAUGGUAAUAUAAUGAAGCAAAAACUUAUAUUACAUCAACAGGCAGUGUACGUGAUGUGAAAAAGAGACAAAUAAGAGGAGCCAGUUAGAAGUGGAGUUAUAAAUGUCAGAUUGUUCUGUUCAAGCACGGUAUUAUGUUUAAUAUGGUGUAGAUAUAUGUGAAAUAUAACUUUAAGAAAUAGGAAAUAUUUCAAAUGUUUUUGAAUGUCAGUAUUAUUUUUGGUAUGAAAAUUCACAGUAAAGAUGUCUCAUUCAAUUAAUUGUUUGUGUUAAAUAUAUACCAGGUAGUUUGGUAUAUAAUGAACGAGGUAAUUAUAUAAGUUGGGUAACAACUUAAUGUGUUUGAUAAAAAUUAUUCAGGUAUAUAUAUACACUGUAUCAUUUGUUCAAAGUUAUGGAAAUGAUACCUGCAUUACAUAUUAAGUUAGAAUUUGUUAAAAAAAUAUUUUAUUAAAAUUGUUGAAUUCUUUAAAUUCUCUUAUUCAUUUUGUUCUUACAAAGUAUACUGUAAACUGGGAAUUUUUUCAUCAGUUAUUCUUUUCUCAAUUUUUUUUAUCUACAUGUUGUGAUUGUACAUGUAUAUUCUUUCUACACACAUUCAAACAUGGUUUUAUAUUAGCACAUUGGUGCUAUAUACAGAUUUGGAAAAAAAAUUCCCAAUUUAUGGCAAAUUGAAAUUGUUUUACGACUAUUUUGAUAAUAUACACUAUUUUAUGUAUGUAUGAUCUUUAAGUUUCUCUUAUCAUGAUUAAUUGAUGAUCAUUAAAAUGUAUUAAUAUGAAGGAAAUAUACAGAAGUACAUGUAUUGGUAAAAUCUCCACAUAGACAACUGUAUAGAACAUUUGUUUAACAUUGUUAAUUACAUGUGACAUUGGUCAAUAUAUAUACCAGUUCAGUCAGUUAUGCCAAAUUUAAAGUCAAAUGGAAUUCACAUAUACUUUGUAUAUAUUGGUCAAUGAACUAUAGACUUAACGUCUUUUGAAUUCAGGAAACUAAAUGGGAAAAAAAUCCUUGACAUGUUCUAUAAAUCGCACAUGACGUGGAAUAUCCUGUUGUUAUGUCGUUAUACUUGAUGUGCUGAUUGUGUAUAUCACUAGCCUAAUUGUCCAGCCUCAAUGUCCCAAGUUCAUUGUAUAAACUUUGUGAUAAAUUUUGUGCAAUAUUGAAUACAAUUCUGCUGUCAGUUUA